UCACCGUAAAAGCCCGGAGUCGGGUGUGUGGGACAUAUGGCAAGCUUUACAGCCUACAUGACCGUCUAGAAUCUAGAUCAUCUACAUAUGUCCAAACAGGUAGUCGCGGAAGAUGCCGUGUCACUUCUUCAAUCGCACCUUGCAACGACCAGCUUGACUUCAAACUGGCAAUGAACAGUCUCAACGGGAUCCUUAGAUAAAACGAUGGCCGUACACUUAUUUGGAACGUGUCGAGGGAAGCUUCCAAGUGCAAAUGCAGGUUUGCGUGCUCUCAUACAUCCCCGACUCGUAUCCACCGUGUCCCAGUACCCGUUCCCUCACCACCCACGACCAACUCCGCACCAAAUAUUCCACCUCUCCCAUGGUGCGUCUCAGGCUGACAUCAAGUCAAGAUACUAUGAACUCGUCCGAGAACACCAUCCCGAUUCUGCACAAGCGCAACAUAUCCCUGCUUCAGAACGACACUCGCGCUUUCAAGCCAUAACAGCUGCAUACGAGGCUCUGACUGGGAAAUCUCGCUUACAGCUUGGUUCGGGGUUUCGGUCUGAUUCCGAUAUGUAUGAAGAGCUGAGGCGGCGGAGACGUUCGCAUCAUAGGAGUGCAGGGAUGGACUUUGACCACAACCACCCGUUUGGAUUCGCGAGUGGAACUUCUGGGAGGGAAUGGACUGCGAGGCCCGAUGAGAGAUGGAAGGACUGGUCAAUAAUAUUCGUGGGGACUGCGUGUUUCAUCAUUGGCAUUGCUCCCAUAUUUUUCAGUCAUACUUCCGAUAAGCGCCACAUGAGUGCGGUCCAAAACCUUGCUCAAGCCCGCAGCGAAGCUCAGGAGUACGGGAUGGAGCGGCGAAGGGAAAUUAGACGGCGCGUGCGGGAAUACCAGUUGGAACAAGAGGAGCGCAAUGCGCGUUGUAGCUGUGACCACAAGAAUGAGAGAAGAUAAAUCAGUCACUGACGUUGCUGUCGCGAGCAUUGAAACAUGGACGGUGUUUGACUGAAUUUCUAUUGCCUAUUCUUCAU